AAGAAAAGGAAGCUAAAGAAAGGGAAUGCAAUAUUUGUCAUGAUGAAGUUAAUGUGGAAUAUGGGAGUUACUGUUGUUCAAAGUGCAACUAUUUUGCUCAUGUAAAUUGCGCAAUUGAUGAAGAUCUUUUGGAAGAAGAAGAAGAAGAAGAAGAGUCUAAACUAUCAGCAUCAGAUGACUCGACUGGUGAUGUUUCUUGUGCUUUUACGGUAAUCAAACCCGGAAAGAUAAAACAUUUUGCCCACGAACACAACUUAAUAUUCAAUGAUCGUGGGGUUAAGGAUGGCCAAAGUUGUGAAGGCUGCUUGCGUCCCAUCGCUACUUCAUUUUAUUAUUGUGAGGACUGUGACUUCUUUAUCCACGAGGGCUGUGCUAAGUUAUUGAAGAAGGUACGUCACUGGGCCAGCAAGCAUUCAAUGGAACUCUUUUUCUAUCUCUUUUUUGAAUGUUCCUAUUGCUGGUUUUGGAAUAGUGGGUUUGGCUACAAAUGUGAUAAAUCUAACAGGACAAUGUGCAUUCGGUGUCAUGAAAUUCCGGACACCUGUACUGUUGAAAGACAUGAGCACCCCCUUUUCUUUGACCACAAAUACGGGGGGACUUGUUGUGGUUGUGGUAUUGAAUUUAUGCGUGGUCUUAAUUAUAUGGGUGGUUUUAGAUGCAAGGACAAGAAAUGCAAAUUUGCCAUAGAUUACAGGUGCCUUGUGUCGCCUAACACAGCCCAGUAUAAAUAUGAUAACCAUCCUCUCAGGCUUACUUUCAGUGAUGAUCAUCAUUGGAGCCAACGUUAUUGUGACAUAUGUGAAGGAGACAGAGACCCGAAUCAUUGGUUUUAUCAUUGUGCUGGUUGUGAUGCUUCGGCUCAUCCUAAUUGCGCGCAUCGGGGAUCUCCGUAUGUCAAGCUCGGUAAACCAUUCAGGUUUGGUCUUCAUUAUCAACAUCCUGUCACUUUUGUGAAGAUAGAUUUCAAUCCUCCUAAAUGCAACCAGUGUGAUGAGCCUUGUAGGGAUGAGCUAGCCAUUCAAUGCACAGAGUCAGAUUGCAACUACGUAGUCCACCAGAAAUGUUUAUACUUUUGGGAUCUCCUACAUUCAGAUCUCUAAGGAGGUGAGACUGGUAUAUUGUUGUCAUGAUAUUAAUAGGAUAUCUCCUUUUCAGUUCUUUCUUUUUUAACUAAUUUUGAGUAUGUCGUUUCUAUUUGGGGAUGUGUUUGGACUAGUGUCUAGUACAUAUAUUUGUUGAAGGUAAAUAUUGGAUAUGACUAUUUGUUGAAGUUUAAAUGUAACGAUUUAGUUGUCUGGGUGUUUGUGUUAUGAACACAAAAAAUGGAUAUUUCCUUC